AUGCCGCCUAAACGAAAGAGAGCAGCUCCGGAACGAGAGCGCGAAGAUGACACUGAACAACCGACUGAAGUAAUUGAGGAGCCAGAAGGCAACGGGCAGCAGAACGACGCCCACGAACGGCCUGCUGGGCGCCGCACUGCACCCGCGACAGAGCGCGCAGAGCAGGCCGCAGGAAUCGCGCGCAGACGCGCCGCGCACUUCGCAAAGUUUGAGGAUGCGGAGGCGGAGGAAGACGGCAACGUGCACGUCGGCGGCGCCAACGCGCGCACGCUUGGCCCUUGGUCCAGCGCCGUGGAGCUGGUCAACGCGCGGCAGUCCGCGGCGGCGGCGCGGCAGGACAAGAUUCUGGAAGCUGCCAAGGCUGUGGCCGCGCGGCGGGAGGAGGCGGCCUGGACGCCCAGCCGCGACGCCGCGCUGGGCCUGCGGCCGUCGGCGUCGCGCGUGUCGCCGCUGCUGGGCAUCGCGCUGCAGCUGCUGGUCGACCACAUUGAGGACGUGGUCUCCCUCUGGGGUGUCCCAGACGCCAUCAAGGUGCAGCUGGCCGCUGCGGUCUGCGCGCGGCGCGCGAUGAGCCCGGCCGCCGCGCAGCUGUUUGCGGAGCACGCGCCCAGCGAGGUGGUGCUGCCAAACUGCACGCAGCUGGACCAGGAAGCCAUGCAGCAGCUGCUCGCCACCGCCGCCAGCGCCCGGCUCGAGUCCCUCGACCUCGGCUGCUGCGGCCGCGGCUUCACCGACGCCUCCGCGCUCGCGCUCUCCGCCGCGCCGCCGGGCGGCCUGCCGGCGCUGCGGCGGCUAGCACUGCAGGGCGCGUAUAAUCUGUCAGACGGCGCCCUGCUUGCGCUGCUGGAGAGGGCGCCCGGGCUGCUGCGGCUGGCGGUGCCGCAGGCGUCCAAGUUUGACGGGACGCUGGUGUCGCGGCUGCCGGCGUUGCUGCCGGGGCUGCAGGAGCUUGACCUGGCCGAGUGCCGCGGCGUGCCCGGCGAUGUGCUGGCGUCGGCGCUGCCCCACAUGCUUGCGCUGCGGCGGGUGACGCUGGACGGCAUACCAGAGGUCAACGAUGCGGUUUUGGCUGCCGUCGCGAAGCUGCCGUCCCUCACCGCCCUCAGCCUCUCAAUGUGCCAGACCGUCACCGACGCCGGCGUAAACUCGGUCGCAUCCAAGGCGCCGCAGCUGCAGGAGCUCGCCGCCGACGACUGCACGAGGCUGGGGGACGGCGCGCUGGCCGCGCUCGCGCGCGGCUGCCCGGGCCUGCAGGUGCUGUCGCUGCGCCGCUGCGCCAAGGUCACGGACGCGGGCAUCAUCGCGGUCGCCGAGCGCGGCCAGCUACGGCGCCUCGCGGUCGGCGGCGUGCCCGGCGUCGGCGCGGCGUCCGCGGCGGCGCUCGCGCGGUGCUGCGGGUCGCGGCUGGAGGCGCUUGACGUGUCGUUCUGCAGGGGCCUGCCAGAGGCGGCGCUGGGUUUGAUUGUGGACGGCUGCCCGGGGCUGCGGGAGCUGAGGGUGUAUGGGUGCACCCAGGUGACGGACCGGCUGGUGCAUGGGCACUCAAACGACGGUGUCACUCUGCAGGGGCUGGCCACGUCGGUGCAUGCGGUCGCUUAG